UUAAAAACAGUCACAAAGCGCUCCUCAGACCACAAGCAACAAGCCGAGCAAUGCAAGCGUUUUUCCAAAGGGUUCUUCCACAGGCGGAUCCCAAUCCCAUAGUGCUGGCUGAUUCACCAUGGCCCAUUCUCACCAUAUUGGCUGUAUAUCUGUUGUUCGUGCUUAAACUGGGCAAGAUCUUCAUGGAAAACCGAAAGCCCUAUGACCUGAAGCGAGUCUUGAUGUUCUACAACCUAUUCCAGGUGGCCUACAAUGGUCUCUACUUUGGAGGAAUCUUUUACUACAUGUUCAUCAAGCAGAUCUGUAACCUGCGCUGCCUGGAGACCUUUCCGCAGGAUCAUGAGCACAAGCAGGUGGAACGGAUCUUCCAUGCCGCCUAUCUCCUGAACAAGGUGCUCGAUCUAAUGGACACCGUGUUCUUUAUCCUGCGAAAGAGCUAUAAGCAAGUCACCUUCCUGCAUAUCUAUCACCAUGUCCUAGUGGCCUUUGCUGGCUUUGCUUUAACCCGAACCUAUGGCACUGGUGGCCACCUCAACAGCCUCGCCCUGCUCAAUACCAUGGUGCACAUGAUCAUGUACUUCUACUACUUCCUCUCCUCGCAGUAUCCCUCCGUUAAGGGCAGCAUCUGGUGGAAAAAGUACAUCACCUUGACGCAGUUAAUCCAGUUCACACUGCUCCUUGCCUAUGGGAUAUAUGUGCGAUUCUUCUCGCCCAAUUGUGGCGUCCCGCAUGGCGUCCUCUAUGUGACCAUGCUGCAGGCCGUCAUUUUUAUAUAUCUGUUUGGAACGUUCUAUAUCCAAACCUACUUGCAGACGUCCAAGUCUUCUUUAAAUAAUCGAAAGUCUGAGGUGAAGCAAUCAUAGGUCUAGAGUUUACCAAGUGCUCCUCGAAAGCCUCGGAUAUAUAUGUAUUUAUGCGCAUAUCCAAUGAGAUUACCUAAAAAAAUUGCCAUGACGUAAGGGUCUGAAUGUGACUUUGUAGAGGCCAAUUUGAAGUAAUGAUAAAAUGCAUAAAUAACAAGUAGUUUUUGGUAAUAAGAAAUCCAUAAAAAAAUUGAAUUAAAAUGUAAUAAAUAAAGUGUAAAA